GCCUUUAUCAACUUGCUGGCUGCUGCGCUCUCUUCCUGGGCUGUCCCUUCACCAGCAGAAAUGCAGCAAAACCAGUUCUGUGGUUAAUUGCUGCACUUCCCUCCACGCCCAAGGGGCAGGUCUCCUCCUCCUCACCCACAGCCUGCCUGCACUUCAGCCUCUUCGCCUCUGCCUGCGCUCAGCCGGCUCAGGUGUGCCGUUAAGGCCUCCACGCUCCUACCCGUAACCUUACUGCUUCUCCUGCUUCCUGCUCUCUGCCAGAGCUGCUGCCUCUCCGGUGGCUCCUUCUCCCUUGGGUUGGCCUGCAGGUGCAGAAGGCGCAGGUUGUCCUCCUGAUCCUGCCCUGCCCUGCCUUGCCCUGCCUGGGAGGGAUAGCGCUGGGACGUGAUGGCUGGAGGACAUGAGCGGAGCAUGAAGGCCCUGAAGGAGGUGUGGAGAAGAGCAGAAAACUCUUUAUGUGCAGACUGUGGGAAGCCAGAUCCUGACUGGGCAUCCUCUACUCUGGGUGUUUUUAUAUGCCUCAGCUGUUCAGGAAUUCACCGCAACAUCCCUAGCAUCAGCAAAGUCAAAUCCCUGAAGAUGGACCACUGGGAUGAUGCCCAGGUGCAGUUUCUGGCCAAGCAUGGGAAUGCUGUGACUAAAGGCAUAUAUGAAGCUCACAUCCCUAUUUACUAUUACCAGCCAACCUACAAUGACUGUCAUGUGCUGAGAGAACAGUGGAUACGGGCCAAAUAUGAACGCAGAGAGUUCACUGAGCCAGGAAAACAGCUGCCAUAUUCUGAUGGGGUGAAGGAAGGCAUCCUCUGGAAGAGAGGUCGAGACAAUGGGCAGUUCCUACCCCGCAAGUUCCUCUUGUCUGAGAGAGAGGGAUGUCUGAAGUAUUUCACGAAGCAGGAUGCCAAAGAACCCAAAAUCAAUAUUAAAAUAGAUGUCAUCAAUGCUACAUUUCAACCAGUGAAGAUUGGGAACCCCAAUGGCCUGCAGAUCACUUAUCUCAAAGACAACAAGACUCGGAAUAUAUUUGUCUACCACGAAAGUGGAAAGGAGGUAGUGGACUGGUUCAAUGCCAUUCGCUCUGUGCAGUUCCAUUAUCUGAAGGUAGCAUUUCCCAUUGCCAGUGAUAAUGAGAUAAAAAAUCGGCUGACAAGAAACUUCCUGAAGGAGGGGUACAUGGAGAAGACUGGUCCCAAGCAGAGAGAGGCUUUUAAGAAGCGCUGGUUCACGCUGGAUCACCGCAGGCUCACGUACUUCAAGGACCCUUUGGAUGCAUUUGCUAAAGGUGAAGUGUUUGUGGGCAGCAGAGAUAAUGGAUAUAGUGUCCAGAAGGGAUUGCCUACAGGGACACAGGGCAACUUCUCUUGGCACUAUGGCCUUACCAUCAUCACCCCCGACCGGGAAUACCUCUUCACCUGUGAGACAGAGACUGACCAGCUGGACUGGAUCUCAGCCUUCACCAGUGUCAUCAACCAGGCCAUGACACCACAAGAAUAUGCAAUUGAAGCCUACUUCAAGUUUAAAUCCUAGGAAGCCAUGGAUAAACCUGCUAUGACUUGACUCUACCUGGUCCUGUCGCUGGGCUGUCAGGAGAGAAGAGGAGAUCAACAUCAGAGAAACACAGUGCUUUUGAAGCACCCUUUGAAGCACUUUCUUCCCCCAUAGAUGGUCCACUUAGUUUUGAGCACCCGAUUAAGCUGCUUCCUUUCAAGUACAAGACUUUGAGAGUCUGAAUCCUCAGUGCAACCUGUCACUGUUAAAUUGCUGUGAUAUGACUGGACGCUGGCAGGCCUUGCCUGUCAGUUGGGCCUUGAAAACUUGGCACUUGCUGUGUUGGACUUGGGACCCAGCAUCACUCCUGCAUGAAACUUCAGGCAACCACAAACCUUAACAGCUGCCUGGCUGGAACUAAACCCCAGCAGGUUGCAGGGGCUUCUGGACUAGGAGACAUGUUCCUUUACAAGAAAUGGUUUCUCUGCUGGUGUCAGAGAUGUGAAGCAUGUACAUAUUUGAUCAGAGCUGUAGUUGAGAAAGGUCACUUAAAAGAUGUAAACUAA